CUUAACAUUUCCUUCUCUUAUCUCUCUGCAAAUAGCAGCUACCACCAGAGAGGGAGAGAGAGAAAGAGAGAAAUGGUUUCGCUGAAGCUCCAAAAGCGGCUUGCCGCGAGCGUUCUCAAGUGUGGGAAAGGGAAGGUAUGGCUCGAUCCCAAUGAAGUCAACGAAAUCUCCAUGGCCAACUCUCGCCAAAACAUAAGGAAGUUAGUUAAGGAUGGUUUCAUCAUCAGGAAGCCAACAAAGAUCCACUCCCGAUCUCGGGCACGUCGAAUGAAGGAAGCCAAAAGAAAAGGGCGACACUCUGGAUAUGGUAAGCGCAAGGGUACAAGAGAGGCUAGGCUGCCAACAAAGAUUCUCUGGAUGAGAAGGAUGCGUGUUCUCAGGCGUCUGCUCCGCAAGUAUAGAGAAUCAAAGAAGAUUGACAAGCACAUGUACCAUGACAUGUACAUGAAGGUGAAGGGUAAUGUCUUUAAGAACAAGCGUGUUCUUAUGGAAAGUAUUCACAAGUCAAAGGCUGAGAAAGCUAGAGAGAAGACUCUGUCUGAUCAGUUUGAGGCUAAGAGGGCAAAGAACAAGGCAAGCAGGGAAAGGAAAUUUGCGAGGAGGGAGGAACGAUUGGCCCAGGGUCCUGGGGGAGAGAAACCUGUAGCUGCUCCGCCUGCUGCUGCAUCUCAACCAACUGAGGGGUCUAAGAAAUCCAAGAAAUGAGAUCCAGAGGUUCUGACAUUCUGUUGUUUGAGCAGAAUAGUUUUGUUGAUUUGGUGUGGUCUUUUGUUGAUUUAGACUAUGUUACUUCAUAUCUUAGAUGGAAGAAGUUUAAAAUAUUGGCACUAUGUAGCAUCAAUUUUCGUUUAUAUGUUUAUGCUUUCGUUAUAUUUUGAUUUGAUUCGAGUAUUUAUUGCUUCA